AUGAAGUUGAUGAGUGACUAUGAGGUGACGCUCGUCAAUGACAACAGUAAGCAGGAAUUCUACGUCCGCUUUAAAGGUCCGGAAGAGACACCGUUUGCCGGUGGCCUCUGGAAAGUACAUGUGGAGCUCCCGGACCAGUACCCUUACAAGAGUCCGAGCAUCGGCUUCGUGAACCGUAUCUACCACCCGAAUAUCGAUGAACUGUCCGGAUCUGUUUGCCUGGACGUCAUCAAUCAAACAUGGUCGCCGAUGUAUGACAUGAUCAACAUAUUCGAGGUCUUCCUCCCACAAUUAUUGCGUUAUCCAAACCCGUCCGAUCCGCUCAACGGAGACGCUGCGGCUGUCUUAUUGCGAGACCCCAGCAAAUAUGAGGCUAAAGUCAGAGAAUAUGUGGCAAAGUACGCAAGUAAAGAUGCCGCUGACGAUGCAGGCGAGGAUACUGGUGAGGAGGACGAAAUGAGCUCAGUCGGAAGCUACGAGUCUGGCGGCGAAGAACCAGCCGGCGAGAUGGACGACGUGUGACCCCUCCCGUUUCAAUUUUCAUCUACUCACUUUGCUGCAUCUGGGAGUUCAUUUCUCUCUCAAGUUUUUUCUUUCCUUUUCUCUCGGAAAUGAGGACGGAUCCAUCUUUCAAGGAGGGGUGCUAUAGGCGUUAGGCACUGGUGUCAAGCAUAAUACACCAAUGGAGUACCCAGGUUCUGGGGACAGAAGAUGCAUGCAUCGGCUUUGAUUUGGCCAGCCUUUUGAUCUGUCUAGUUUUCUUUUUUUUCACUGGUGUCGCAUUCAGCAUUGUCUUAAUUGAAUAAGCUUCUUCGGCGUUGUCUUUCAAUGUAUGUAGUAAGGAUUUAUAAGAUACAUAAGAUCCCCUGUUUA